AUGUCUGUGCAGACGGCACCACAUCCGGAUCCCAACAAGGAUGAGACAUCCGUUCCUAGUACUCACAGUAGGCCAGGGACGUCGAGCAGACGACGGAAUGCACCAGCGGCACCACACCCGAAUGGACCUGUGACGGGAGAAUCGUCGAGCGGUGGAUUUCUUGGGAGUAGCCAGAGAGCAAGGCCACCUCGGAGUUCCGGUCGGGGUAAAUCGACUAGCAGUGCCUCUAUCGAAGGUGCGCACUCCGUUAAUGCAGCUGGUCAGAGUGCACAUACCCCUGCUGGCCCUUCCAGUCGACCGCAUGACAAGAGAAAUAGACUAUACCACCCCCUUACUGCAGAUCCUAAGCAUACCGGCCAGGGGGUCACGUCAGCGUCCACCGAGAGCCCUCCUGCAGGUCCGGAGACAGGUGCAGACACCGUAAAGCAGCCAUCGACUUCUCGCCCAAAGUCGCGGAUGAACCGUCGCGGAGCAAAGUUUGGCGGCAAACUCACUGAAUCACCAUCAGAGGCUUCACGCGCAGACAAAAAACCGUCUGAGAGAUAUGGUCGUUCCGCGCCAAGAGGAGACGAUCUUACCUCGACUCUUAUUCGCGCACUCAGUACGCGUCCUUAUCCAGAUUGUCUCAUUUGCUUUUCGGAGAUACAUCCUGCGCAGCCCACUUGGUCCUGCUCGCCCUUACUGCCCGCGACUGCCACUGUGGACGCAGAAGACGGCGACGAGCCGAAGGACAAAGCGGAAGACAGCAUGCGCUGCUGUUGGACCACCUUCCAUCUCAAGUGCAUCCGUCCGUGGGCGGUGAAGAGCGUCAAAGAUAUUGAGGACGCAUGGCGUGCCCGCGGUGAGCACAAGACUGGCGACUGGCGCUGUCCGGGAUGUCAGUUGAAACGGACGGUGGUCCCGAGCGGGUAUUGGUGUUUUUGUGGUUCUACGCCAGAACCCAAACCUCCGCGUCUUGCGACACCGCAUUCGUGCGGCAACCUUUGCUCACGUCCGCGUCUCUGUGGUCAUUCUUGUCCCAUUGCGUGCCAUCCUGGACCUUGUCCACCGUGCCAGGUGACGACGCAGUUGCAAUGUCAUUGUGGGAAGCGGACGCUGUCUUUCCGAUGUGCUCAUCUUGUGCCCAGUAAAACGGGACUCAGGCCUGCUUCUGAGUUAUCGUGUGGGCAGACGUGCGGGAAAAUUUUGGACUGUGGGAACCAUACGUGCGAGGGUACAUGUCAUCCUGGUGCUUGCAAGCCGUGUGCAGUGCGAGUUGCCGUGAAAUGUUAUUGUGGGAAGGAUCAGAAGGAGAUCGGAUGCGGUGAGGGCGAGGAGAAAGAGUGCAUAGUGGUGGAAGGCGGUGCGGAAAGGCAGUGGAUUGGGAAAUACUCGUGCAAGAAUGCAUGCGAUAGGUUAUUCGACUGUGGCCUUCAUCAUUGUUCCAAGACAUGUCAUCCUCCUUCCCGCACCCGUACUCCCUGUCCCCGCUCUCCAGCCUUAGUGACGCGCUGUCCUUGCGGUAAACACGAGCUAUCCCCAGCUGCAUCCCCAUUCUUCCCGCCACGCGUACUUCUUACCCGCAAAGCAUGCACAGAUCCCAUCCCGACUUGUGAAUCCACUUGCAUGAAGCUGCUUAAAAGUUGUGCGCACGCCUGCUCUGCACGCUGCCACACGGGACCGUGUCCUCUCUGUUCCAUCCUGAUCGUCCGCCCAUGUCGAUGUGGCGCAAUGACCCGGAACAUCCGAUGUUCGGAGAACCAAGCCCGCACACAAGAUGGAACCUCAGAGAACGAGAUUCUAUGUGAUCGCGUGUGCGGCGCGCUGCGUGCGUGCGGGCGACAUCAGUGUAACCGUGUGUGCUGCCCGCUCGCUUCGCUUGCGGCUCUUACGAAGGGGAAGGGAAAGAAGCGCGCCGUUCCAGAGACGGCGGCGAUGGCUGUUGCGGAUGAAGCAGGCUGGCACCAAUGCGACCUUGUGUGUGGGAAGAUGCUCAGCUGUGGUAAUCACCGCUGCGAAGAGCGCGACCACAGAGGAGUGUGUCCUCCUUGUUUGAGGAGCUCUUUCGAAGAGAUGAUUUGCCAUUGCGGCCGAACCAUCCUAGACCCUCCCAUCUCGUGUGGCACACGGAUUACUUGUACAUACGAGUGCUCGCGUCCACCGCUGCCGUGCGGGCACCCCAAGGCAAAGCACACUUGCCAUGAAGAUCCAAUACCCUGUCCUCCGUGCCCAUUCUUGACGACGAAGCGAUGUGCCUGUGGGAAGAAGACUGUGGACAAUAUUCGAUGCUCGCAGGAGAAAGUGUCGUGCGGUACGGCUUGUGGGAAGCUCCUGUCUUGUGGUUUUCACCACUGCGAACGGUUAUGCCACAGCGACCCGUGUGGGCCAUGUACCGCUGUCUGCGGCAAGUCGCGCAAGCUCUGUCUCCCUGCACAUCACCCCUGCGCAUUUCCCUGUCAUGCGCCCGCAUCCUGCGAUGAAUCGGAACCCUGCCGUGCAACGAUCUACCUGACCUGUCCGUGCGGUCGCAUCCGCACCCCGAUUUCGUGUGGUCGGAGCACAUUGAACCCGGCCGGCCGGGAAGGAUCGCAGCAGAUCAAGUGUUCGAACGAGUGUCUCGUUGCUAAGCGAAAUGCUCGCCUGGCUGAGGCUCUGGGCAUCAAUCCGAACCGUACGGACGGCAGACAGGCAACGUUUAGCGAUCCUUUGGUUGCAUCUGCACGGGCAGAUCCGAAGUUCUGCGCCUUGGUGGAGAAGACUUUUGACGAAUUUUUGUCCUCCGACAAGAAGAGCCAAAUUUUACCUCACAUGACCGAGUCACGGCGUAGAUUUGUGCACGAUCUUGCCGUCGUGUACAGAAUGGACACGCAGAUGAUUGACCAAGAGCCCCAGCGCAGCGUCCAGCUACUCAGACGCAUCGACUCCCGCAUGCCGGUGCCCAUACUUUCCGCCGUUGCCGGAGUAACGCCCCCACCGUCAGUGCAUCCACCUAACCUAGGCAAGCUCGCCGAUCUGCGUGCUCCUUUACCGCAUCGGCCAUCACCCUUCUCGACUCCUCCGCCACAAAGUGCCAGCUCUUCAGCGAGGCGUGGAUGGACGUCUGUCGUCGCUCCACCCCCUCGUGCAAGUCCGGCUGCAGACGUGUGGUCGUUGCCUGCCAGCAGCAAUGUGAGCAGGCCCCCGAGUAGGCCUGCUGUGUCGCCGGUGCCUCCCGUCGUGCAACCCCCAGUCGUUGGUAAUCAACCUGAGUAUGUUCCUGAUAACUGGGAGGACGAUCCGUAA